ACUACGGCAGACACACAUAUUCUCUCAGAUUCUCCAUCAACAUUAUGCUUCUUCAGUUUUCCACUUAAUGUUUUUGUCGCUCCAGUUUUUCUGCGCUGAAGGCUACUCAUCAUUCUUCAUCUCAAUCAGCCUCUCCAUUAUACAUCUCCACACUCCAUCCUUUUUAAUCAUCUCCUUUACCAUUUCAUCUGUUUCCAUUUGUGCUUGCCCUUUCUCAUCCCUUUGUCUCUGAACUCUUUCUUGAUUUCACCCUGGUCUCAUCUCCACUUCACUGCCUGUCUCUUCUUUUCUUUUUCUGUUCUUUCUCCGAUGGAGGCUGAGGCACUUUACAGUUUCAGAGCGACUGAAUGUGAUGAGAUCAGUUUCCAGAAGGGUGACAUCCUAAAGGUGACAAACAUGGAUGAUGAUCCGAACUGGUACACAGCUGAGCUGUUUGGUAGGCGGGGCUAUGUACCGAAGAACUAUAUCAAUGUAAGACCUCACACGUGGUUUAUGGGUGGAAUAUCACGGCAGGCUGCAGAAAAUCGUCUGAGACCGCUGGAGUGUGGAGCGUUUCUCAUUAGGGAAAGUGAGAGCACACCAGGAGAGUUCUCCGUGUCUGUCAGUUACGGGGACCAUGUGCAGCACUUUAAGGUUUUGAAAGAUAGAUUAGGGCAGUUCUUCAUAUGGGAUGAAGUCUUCAGCUCCCUCAACCAGCUGGUGGACUUCUACAAAAUCAACAGCAUUGCCAAAGAGAGAACAGUCUUCCUGAAAGAGCCUGAGGGAUCAUUAGCUAGGCCACGUCAUGCCCAUGCCCUCUUUGACUUCACAUCUAAUCAUGCAACUCAUCUACGCUUCUUGCGCGGUGAUGUCAUUGACCUGCUCGACUGUUCGGAUGCUCAGUGCUGGAGGGGGCGGUGCCGUGGAAGAGUUGGCGUGUUUCCACCAGAGUACGUGCAGCCAAUUUACCACUGAACUUCAGCUAUGAGUGUCACCAUCCUGUACAGCUAAACUCAUUGGAUGAGAGCCCAAGACAUAUUCAUCAAUUACACACACUCUUCAUAAAUCUGAAGGUAAACUAAGCCUUAUUCGUCAAUGUUCGGUGUAUCAGGUGAUUAAGGUCUAUUAAGGUUUGAAUUCAACCUUAUGUGUCAAAGGUCAGCAUUCUCCUUUGUUGAUUGCUUUCAGAAAGCAAAUCAGAAAUCAGUUAUAACUUGUCAACAAACCAGUUUUUGUAACACUCUUAAUAACAAUUAAGGGUGACAGUUCGGUGUCAUUUACUCAUUGAUCAGCCAUCAUCUGAGCUUCCUGUCUAUUCUUCUUUCAUAUACUUUCAAGUCAUUUCAAAUCAAGGUAUGACAUUAGAGUUGGAGUAUCAACCUUGCAUUUUUUCAUUGCACUUGAUGUUUUUAUUGAUAAUACAAAAAAAAAUCAUGUCAUUUUUUUUUCAACCACA